GUUCUUUAAUUUGAUUGGAUUAAAAAGUUUCAUUUUGAGGGGGGAGGGGGGCAGGGCAUUAUAUUGAGUAGUAUAAGCAAUGAACUACAAAUGAUAAAUUUGAUGACCCAUUCAUAAAUAUACACAUGUUAACCUAUUCUGAAAUAAUCAAAUUUUAUUGACAAUAAAUGUGUUAUAGUACUACUACUACUAAUAAUAAUAAUGAUGAUAGUAUUAAUCAUUUACAACAAUUUAUUCGAAUUAUUAUUGGAUUUAUUGGUAUAUUAUCAUUUAUUGGACAUUUUAUUGCAUUCAUUCUAUGGACUACUUAUAUUCUAGGUUGGAGAAUAAUAAUAAAAUGGAAAUCUAUACAACGUAAAAGACAAUUAAAUUAUAAUUUUAUGAUGACUAAUCCAUCUUAUACUUUGACAAAAGUCACAAGAACAACGACGACACCAACAACACUAACCACGUUAAUCGAUCGAAAUAAUGUAAAUUCAUCAAAACAAAUACAAUUGCAUACAAUGGCAAAAGUCAUAGCAACAACAACAACGACGACGACGCCAACGACAACAACAACAAUCAAUCGAAAUAAUGUCAACUCAUCAAAACAAAUCCAAUCUAUAAUAAUAACAACAACAAAGGAGACUUUAAUAUGGCCUAUAUGUUCAUUAAGAUUAUCCAUUCAAACCAUUAUAUUAUCCAUGGAAUUUAUUAAUAUUAUAGGAUGUUGUACAGAUUUAUUAAGAUUAAUCUAUUUAUCUAUAACUGGUAAUGAUUUACGUUUAUUAUAUGGUGAAUGGCAAUGUCGUUUAUUAAUAUUUAUAUCAUUUAUAAGUUGUGAUAUAUCUGAAUGGCAUUUUGUAUAUUUAUGUAUUGAACGUUGUUAUAUUAUAUUAUAUUCAAGAAAAUAUUCUCAUCUAAAUAAUACCUCAAUGAAGCCAACUAUCUUUAUUAUUCUACUUAUUUAUUUAAUAAGUAGUAUAUCGAAUAUCUUUUUAUUAAUUCCAUAUUAUUCUAUUUAUGAUGAACCAUUUAAAAGUAAAUUAGUGUAUAUUGUGAAAUUAUCAAUUACAUUUAUUAUACCAGGAUUAAUUGUUAUUAUAUCAACUGUAUUAAUGAUUAUUGUUUUAAUUAAAUGGAAAUUAAAAAGCGCCAAAUCUGAAUUAAUCAAUAAUAAGCAUAGUAACCAUGGUAAUCAUACUUAUCAUCAUAUAUCAUCUAGAAUAACUGUAGCUAAAUUAAUGUUAAUUUGUGCAAUUCUAUACUUGUUUAUUUUAUUAUGUUUAUUUAUAUUUGGUUCAAUUUAUGAUGAUUAUUGUUGUUUUUUAAUAGCUAAAAAAAAUUGUCAUUGGAUUGAUAUACUAUUUAAUUUAUUAUCAAUAUUAUAUUGGUUUAUAUUAACAAUAACUAGUUAUGUAUUAAUGUUAGGUACUAUGACUGUACGACAUCAUAUACAAACUAUAUUAUUAUUGAUAUGGUAUAAUAUAUGGAAUAGAGAUUAAUUUAGUUAUAUAAACCUUUUUAGUUUAUUUCAUUAUUCAUAUAAAUCAAUGAUAAAGUGAAAGUUUUUUUUAUGCUAAUUCAUUUGGGGGGUUCACUUUUUCCCUUGACUACCUGUUCCAAAUGUUUUAUUUUGUGUUUUUCUUUUUUUUUCUUUUUUUCCAUUACAAUUUAUAGAAAAUGAACAGAGUAUAUGUUGUGUUCUGUUGACAAUAGUGAAUGAUAAUUUUGAAAUCUAUAUGUGAACGAAUAUUAUGUAUAAUUGCUAAUUAACUAAACUAUUCACAUUCAUAUCUCCCUUAUUAUAAGCUUUAGUUUGACCUAUAGACUAUUAUUGUAUGAUUUACUAUUCUUGAAUUAUCUCUAGUUUAUUAAUUGCUGUCUCCAACACUCACAGCUACAUUUGGCUGAAUCUUGUACAAAUGUUAUUUUCUACUUUAUUGAUACGAUGUGGUCAGUCUAUUUGGUAUAUAAACUCAGCAUGUUUGAAAUAUAAUGAUUCAUACCAC